CUUCCUCGCCGGCGGCGGUCGCCUCCUCCUCCUCGCCUGAUCGCGCCCUAGCUAGCGGCAACCCGCGCUAGGAGUAGGUCGUCGCUAACGAUAUUCCCUACACACGCUAGAAAGUUUUGGAGGAGAUCGAUGGAGGUGAAGCUCACGAUUAAGAGGGUGCCCACGGUGCUCUCCAACUACCAGGAGGAAGGAGGAGCCGGGGGCUGCGGCAGGAACUGCCUCGGGGACUGCUGCUUGCCUGCUUCCAAGCUUCCCUUAUACGCUUUUAAGGCCAACCCAAAGAAGCCUGCUCAGGAGGAUGGGCUCCCUACUGACUUCUUCCUCAAUUCUCUGCUCCUCGCCCAGUGGGAGGACAGGGUGGCCCGAGGCCUAUUCCGAUAUGAUGUCACAGCCUGUGAGACCAAGGUGAUUCCUGGCGAGCUUGGGUUUGUUGCACAGCUCAAUGAAGGCCGCCACCUCAAGAAGCGCCCGACCGAGUUCCGUGUUGACUGUGUGCUCCAGCCUUUCGAUUCUGCCAAGUUCAACUUCACCAAGGUUGGCCAGGAGGAGGUUUUGUUCCGCUUUGAGAAUGGUGGUGGCGACGACAGCUAUUUCCUUGCAAAUGCCCCAAGCACUGAGAGUGACCAUGUUCCCAACGUAGUUGCAAUCAAUGUGAGCCCUAUCGAGUAUGGUCAUGUGCUUCUCAUUCCUCGGGUGCUUGACCGUCUGCCUCAGCGAAUUGAUCAUGAAAGCUUUGUGCUUGCACUGCACAUGGCAGCUGAGGCUGCAAGCCCGUACUUUAGACUUGGUUACAACAGCUUGGGUGCCUUUGCCACUAUCAAUCACCUCCACUUCCAGGCAUACUAUUUAUCGGUGCCUUUUCCUGUUGAGAAGGCGCCUACCAAGAAGAUCCCCCUUGCUAAGUCUGUGCUGAAGAGUGGAGUGAAGGUGUCAAAACUGAGGAAUUUCCCAGUGAGAGGGCUGGUGUUUGAGAGAGGCAACACACUGAAGGAUUUGGCUGAUGUGGUUACAAACGCUUGCAUUUGGCUCCAGGACAACAAUGUUCCUUUCAAUGUCCUCAUCUCUGAUUCUGGUAGAAGGAUCUUCCUCUUCCCUCAGUGCUAUGCUGAGAAGCAAGCCCUCGGUGAAGUGAGCCAGGAUCUGUUGGACACUCAGGUGAACCCUGCGGUAUGGGAGAUCAGCGGGCACAUUGUUCUGAAACGGAGGACGGACUUUGAGGAGGCAUCAGAAGUUUCGGCCUGGAGGCUUCUUGCUGAGGUGUCCCUGUCGGAGGAGCGAUUUGAGGAGGUGAAGGACUGCAUCUUUCAGGCCACUGGCCUCACUGAAUCUGGUGAAGAGGAGGAAACCACUGAGGAGUCUCCUUGCGCAUCUUCAUCAUCUGUCCCCCUAGCCUCUUCACACAUACCGGAAGGCUGCCUCGUCCGUCAGUGAGAACGCGGGACGCUAGGUCGCUUGGUUCAAACUAGCUGUGGCUGCUGGUGAUAGCAGUGAUUGUACCGUGGCUGCUCUUGCUUGCUACUUUUGCCUCUGAUGUAUUAUUUUUUGGCUAGCUGCUGGUGUUCAUACUGUGCCAAUUAUUAUUAAGCACAGGUAUGUGGGUUGGCUUGUUUCUA